ACAAGUUAAUUAUGUCUGUUUUAUUAAGGGUUGUACUGAUAAUCGCCUUUUUGGGCAUAUUUGAAUACCAAAAUGGUCUGCAACAAGUAGCAGCCUCACCGCAAGCUAUGAGAGGUUGGGGUGGACCAGGAGGUCCAGGAGGUGGUGGCCCAUGGGGACAAGGAGGCGGAGGAGGAGGAGGAGGAGGUCGAGGGCCGUUUCCAGGACCGUGGGGAGGUGGAAACGGGACAACCACUACAACCACAACCGCUUCCUCAGUUACUCCCAAUAUUACCGGAGGCUUUGGAAGGCCUCCUCCGUUUGGAGGACCUUUUGGAGGUUAACGGAUUAAAGCAAUAUUACACGUUUUAUAUGUAUGCAUAAGUUUUUUCACCUUUUUUUUAAAUAAAAUAUAAUAAUCGUUCAACA